AUGGAUGUCGAGCACUCUACUAAUGGUGCCAGCACUGCCACAGCAAGUAGGACCUCAUCAGGCAAUGGUGGCUGCAUCCGGAAACUGAUUUUGGCUCUGGUUUUAGUGUUUGUUCUUUUGAUGGUGAUCUUCAGCAUAGUUUGGUUUGUCAUGGACAUACAAGAACCCACCUUUCAAGUCACCUCAUUCUCUGUCUCCAACUUCAGUGUCUCGACCACUCAACUAAGAGGGAAGUACCAAGUGGAACUAGCCAUAUUGAACCCCAACAAGAAGAUCGAAGUUGUGCUUGACCAUUUCAAUGUGUUGGUGUACUAUGGUCAGGUGGGGCUCUCGGUGGCUGCGACGAAGCCUGUGUACCUUGAGAAGCUGGCCAACAAGACUGUGGUUGUGUCCUUGGUCGUGAGGGACUCGCCCAGGUUCGUGCGCAAGGAAGUGCCAGAGAAUAUGGUUAAGGAAUGGAACAAAGGAGUGGUGAACUUCGACGUUAGAAUGGUGGUUAGGGCAAGAUUUGAAGCAGGAAUCUUGCCAAGCAAGGAAAAGUUCUUGGAUGUUUUCUGCGGGGAUCUUGAUGUGGGGUUCUUCUCUCCAAAAGACAGUGGCAAGCUUUUGGGUAUAGGAAAGCAUUGCCAUGAGGCUGAAGAAGACAUUGAUUGA